AAUGGCUUGUUCGUGGAACGUCACCGGAAGCGGAUGAGUGUGUCCUUCACAGACGUGUGCGUGCCUGGGGAUGCACAGACACCAGGUCUGAAAAGCUAACACAAGCAAUCUAAUAUUCACCUUUAGCUGCUUUUUCAUCAAGCGAGAUGCCAUUACACAAAUACCCACCGCGCCUGUGGGAAGCCUUGAAAUUACAGAAAGGGAUCUACGCCCGUCUGCCACAGCAUUACCUGAAAUCCCUUCAGGACACAUCACCCCCAACUCCGGUGCAUUGGAAACCUCUGGGUGUGAAAUAUAGAGCAAACCCGAAAACAGGCCACAGAGAGCGGGUUCAGGAUGUACCCAUUCCCAUCUAUUACCCACCGGAGUCGCAGGACGGCCUGUGGGGUGGAGAGGGCUGGGUAUGUGGCUACAGAUACGCAAAUAACGAUAAGCUCUCUGCAAGAGUGAAGAAGGUCUGGAAGCCUCAGCUCUUCAAGAGGGAGCUGUACAGUGAAAUCCUCGACCAGAAGUUCAACAUCACGGUCACGGCUCGCACGCUGGAUCUUAUCGACGCCGCUUACGGCUUUGACUUCUACAUUCUAAAGACACCAAAACAGGACUUGAACUCCAAGUUCGGCAUGGACCUGAAGCGCGCCAUGCUCCUGCGGUUAGCACGCAGAGACACUCAGCUCUAUCCGGACGAUCCGACUCGACGGGAGAAGAUCUACAACAAAUACAAGCAGUUUGAGGUUCCUGCUGAUGAGGCGGAGUGGGUCGGCCUGAGUUUGGAGGAAGCAGUCGAGAAACAGAGACUCCUUGAGCACAAGGAUCCUGAGCCACUUUACAAGAGCUGUGUGGAGAACCUGGUGAAGGAACUUGCCAUGCAGAAACUCGCUGAACCCCAGGUUGUGGAAAAGAAAGACUGAUGAAAAAUGUAUUUAUUGGGGUUUUGUUUUCUCUGCUUACUUUUGUACUGAUGGCAUUUAUGAUAUGCCAAUAUCCUGUAAAUAUCAAACUGCUAGUCAAACAAUAAAUGAAUUCAUUAUCUGA